AGAUAUAUUUUAAAAUUCCUCAAUUACUUUUAUCCUAUGAUAAUAAUAAAAACUUCCGAGCGUAACGGCCGCGGUGAUCCGGCGUCCAUCCAACGCUAGGCGACGCGUCCUCCCUACACCGCUCGCACUGCAAACGACAAAAACUCAGUCUCGACUCUCUCGCAUAUUCAGUUUUCCCUCUCCUUUAGAAACCAAAAUCAAAUCUCUUUUCUCCAAGUUUCUUUUUCGAUUAAUUUUGCAGUUUGUAAUGUCUAUUUUCGGUGCUGCCGCUUCCAAUCAUAACCCUAAUAAAUCAUUUGAGGUUGCACAACCGCCGAGUGAUUCUGUUUCAAGCCUUAGUUUCAGUCCGAAGGCCAAUUUCUUGGUUGCCACUUCAUGGGAUAAUCAGGUAAGAUGUUGGGAAAUAUCGCGGAAUGGUACAGCUGUUGCUAGUACACCAAAGGCAUCAAUUACUCAUGACCAGCCGGUUUUGUGCUCAACAUGGAAGGAUGAUGGAACAACCGUCUUUUCUGGAGGCUGUGAUAAGCAGGUCAAGAUGUGGCCUUUAUUAUCUGGUGGUCAAGCAGUGACAGUUGCCAUGCAUGAUGCCCCUAUUAAAGAGGUUGCUUGGAUCCCAGAAAUGAAUGUUUUAGUCACAGGCAGCUGGGACAAGACAUUAAAGUAUUGGGAUACGAGGCAGUCAAAUCCAGUGCAUACUCAACAACUUCCUGAUCGCUGCUAUGCACUCACAGCGAAAUAUCCAUUGAUGGUUGUUGGCACUGCAGAUAGAAAUCUAAUAGUUUUUAACUUGCAGAAUCCUCAGACUGAAUACAAGAGAGUCAUCUCACCCCUGAAGUAUCAGACAAGGUGUGUUGCUGCCUUCCCCGACCAGCAAGGUUUCUUAGUUGGUUCAAUUGAGGGAAGGGUUGGUGUACACCACCUUGAUGAUGGACAACAGAGUAAAAACUUUACAUUCAAAUGCCACAGGGACGGCAGUGAGAUAUAUUCAGUCAACUCCUUAAACUUCCAUCCUGUGCAUCAUACUUUUGCCACUGCAGGGUCUGAUGGUGCUUUUAACUUUUGGGACAAGGAUAGCAAACAGAGACUAAAGGCCAUGUCAAGGUGCAAUCAGCCCAUACCUUGCAGUACUUUCAACAAUGAUGGGUCAAUAUUUGCAUACUCGGCUUGUUAUGAUUGGAGUAAGGGUGCUGAAAAUCACAACCCUUCAACAGCAAAGACCUACAUUUUCCUGCACUUGCCUCAGGAAUCUGAAGUUAAAGGCAAGCCAAGAGUCGGAACAAGUGGAAGAAAGUGAAGGUUGAUUUUGAUUAGAAAAUUGUUGAACCUAGAGGAAAGGAUUUGCCACUUUUGUUUUUUUUUUUUGCCAUUCAUUCUCCCUUUCGACAACUAGGAUAAGAAUUUUUUGUCAUUAGGAAUGUUUGGUGUUUCAUCUUGGGUCAUUUGUCUCUUUUAAUUUAUAUUUAGUUUAGAAUCUAUUGCACCCUUCUGGUUGUUUUAACAGGCUUAAUCCUGCCAUUCCUACUUUCAUUUCAGCAACUGGGAUAUGACUGAGUUGUCUGUCUAAUUAGGGAAGUUGUCUCUUGGGCAAAUUUGACUCCUCGAAUUUGUGAUGAAUGUUUGGGCUUUUAGAGUCUAUAGAGUGGUUGCUCCAUUGCUGGUUGACACAUUUUCCACAUUUUGUUAGGCCUCUUUUUGAUAAAAUUAUAAUUUAAGGCCAACAGUCCUGUGUUCUGGUGGUAAAGUUUUAAGUUCUGUUGGUAGAGUUUUAAAUGUGGUCCGUUGGCAUGGUGGUAGAAUUUUGAAGUCGGGUGGCUUAUUGGUAGUCUGUUGGUACGGUGGUGGAGUUUUCAAGUCCUAUGGUUUAUUUAUUGGUAGGCUCUUAGAGUGAUUAGUGAUCACGAUUUCAAUUCUGCUAACUUCAUCUAAAAAAAUUAUAAUUAGGCGAUUCAUUUUUUUUCUUUUUGAAAAAAAAAAAUUGCAGCACAUACGAUUUCCUUUGUAUUAUCUCUAUAAGUUCACAACGUUGGUACAUAUAAUGGGCGA